AAGGAAGAAAACAGUACAAUAAAUACAAUAUACAAGAACAGCAACACAGAAUCCUCCAAGUAUAUGCUUAGAAUAUCUAUAUAGUACCAAAAAUUUUGUCAAAUAUUUCCUUCAUCAAUAAUGCUAGCAAGAAAGAAGAAACAAGAAACAAGAAAGAAGAAAGGAGGCAACGAUAAUGUCAAGCCAUAUUGAUCAAGAAAUCUUGACAGAGAUCCUCAAAAGAUUACCUGCAAAAUUUCUUGUGCAGCUAAGGUGUGUAUCCAAAUCAUGGUACUCCUUAAUCACCAAUCCUUCUUUCAUUUCCAUACACUCUAAAUUUACCCUAGAGCACAGUACAAGAAGCACUACUUGUACUGAUAAAUUGAUGCUUAGGCACUAUUCUUGGACUCACAAGAAGGAGAUAUACACAAUACAGAGCAGCGGCAUGAGCUCAUUUGAUCAGUAUCAAGAACUUGUUUUCCCCUUCAAGAGCUACUGUCAGUACUUUGAGAUUGUUGGUUCUUGUAAUGGGAUUCUUUGUCUUUCUGAUACUUAUCGUGUCAAUUCUCACACUAUCAUUUUAUGGAAUCCCACAAUUAGAAAAUCAACUACUUUGCCACUGCCAUGCAUAUCUUUUCACCAAAUCUAUAUGUUUGUUCUUGGAUUUGGAUGUGAUGAUAAAAGCAAUGAAUACAAAGUCGUGAGAAUUGUAUAUCGUGUAAUGGAUGACAAGUGUAAAGUAGAUAUUAGACCUCAGGUUGAAGUGUAUGAGCUAAGCCUGGAUGCUUGGAGAAGCAUCAGAAUCAGUGCUGCUCCUCAGUAUGUAAUAUCUGAACUAUCGAUGCGGGUUUUUCUCAAUGGUUCUGUCCAUUGGAUUGGAUACAUUCCAAGUGAAGCAGAUAGCGAUUUUCGCAAUUUGAGCUUAGUGUUGUUCGAUAUGAGCAACGAAGUGUUCAAAGAAAUGAAGCUGCCAGAUAGUUUAACUGGGUUGUCUGUACUAGAUUUGUCCAUUUUUGCUUCUGGUAAGUUGCUUUCUUUGAUACAAUACAAUCGCCAUGCUCGCAGCCAGUGGGUACAAUAUGGCAGCUGCUCCAUCUGGGUGAUGAAAGAUUAUGGCAAGGUUGAGUCUUGGACUAAACAAUUCACCAUUGAUCUACAAGGAGGUAUUGGGAAGGCACUAGGCCUUGGAAAUAAUGCUGAAAUGCUACUGGUGGCGAGUAGUGGAGAGCUGGUUUCAUACGGCAUCGAAAAUCAGAAAAUUAGCCAUCUGGGGAUCAAAGGCAUUGCGAAUUCUUUUCAUUUGGAGGCUUAUUCUGAGACUCUGGUUUUGCUUGAUGGCAUCAAUGAGAUCUUAGGAAGACAAGUUCCUGCAAAUUGCAGUGAUUCACAUGAAGUUGAACCUUGAAAGUAUAGAGUUGAGAGAGCCUCUUGAAGGUUAAAUGAAGGCUGCAUAUGGUACAUUACCCUUCCACAAUCCUUUCAAAAUCAGGUUUCUUAUGUUUACAGGUUGUUAUUUAAUUUUUUUUAUGCUAGUUUAUUAUAUUAUUGUUGGAACAAGAGCUUCAUUUUAUCAUAUAAAAGAAUUAAGGUGGGUUGAUGUUUGUCCUGUUACCCUUUAAACAUUAAUGGCAUAGCUGCUUGUGUAGGGGACUGGUCUUUGAUUAAUUUGCUUUUGACAUCAUAAUUUGAGGUUAAUUAGCUUGUUGUUA